GUAGAAACACAACUCAUGGAAAGUCAAAAAGAAAAUGUGCUUAUUAAUGACCUUGAACUAGAGCAAGUUGAAGAAGCAGCUGCUGCUAAGGAAGAACUGAGCAGUUACAGAGAAAAAGCAGAAAAACUUCAGCAAGAACUAGCAAUAAAAGAAGCAAGUCUGACACAUCUUGAGGAAGACCUGUGCAAAGUCAAAGAGAAUCUAGUUCAAGCAGAAGAGAGGCUUGCAAGUUACAUGAGAAAGGACAAGGAAAUGGCAAAAACUGAGAGCAAAAAGGAUGCAGAAAUAUUGUGUGAUUUGUCAACCAGUGAGUCUACUCUAAUUAGAAAAAGCUCAUCAUCGCAAACAGACAAGACUGUGGAAAUCAACAGCUGUAUCCAGACUUCACCAGUCCUUGUUAAAAAUGCAGAAGUCCAAAUUGAUUUGCAAAAUGGAUGUUCUUCAGAAGAGAUUGCAGAGAUCAUAAGAGAAUUUACUGAAAAAAUCGACCAAAUGCAAGAACUCCACGCUGCUGAAAUCAUGGACAUGGAGACAAGGCAUAUCUCUGAAUCUGAAGCAUUAAAGAGAGAGAAAUUUGUUGCAGUUCAGGGAAUCCCAGUUUCUGGAUUAGCACAUUCUCCACCGUAUCAAGCUAGAGAUGGAGGUUCUAGUGACUCCAGUUCAGACUGGAGUCAAGGAAUGUGUCUUGCUCAGACCCAGGGAUCUGACGUGAUAUCUGAAGGAGUAGAUGAAGGUGAAACUUCAACAGAUGUACUUCCAAAAAAAAUUAAGGGUUUGCUGAGAGCAGUCCAUCAUGAAGGCAUACAGGUGCUCUCUCUCACUGAAUUUCCAUAUGGUGAAAGAGAGAUGCCACCUCUUAAGCAAGAGCCAGAAUCUUGGCUUGAGGAAAGGAAAGCUUUUCUGAGCACCAUUUCAUCUUUGAAAGACCUAAUUGCAAAAAUGCAACUUCAUAGAGAAGCUGAGAUUUAUGCAAGUAGUGAAUCUCCUGAAGGUGUCUCAGACUGGCGAGGAGAACUUCUGCGUGCUAUUCAACAGCUUUUUGUGGGAGAACAAAACGUGCUUCUUGCUGCGUUUCAAACUGAACUUGCAGAACUGGGCACAAGAGAUGCAGUGAUAUUGAUGAAUCAGUUAGAGCACAGGCUACAAGAGCAGGCUACUAACCAGAGAGCAGCAAUGGACUGUCUUCAGAAUGCAGACAGAAGAAGUUUGCUGAUGGAGAUUCAAGUAUUACAUGCUCAGAUGAACAGUAAGAAAAAUAAUCCAAAGAGAGAACAAGAGAUUGAUUCAAAAAGCCAAGAAAUGCUGGAGUACAAUGUGCAGCAGAAGCAGUCACAGAUAUUGGAGAUGCAAGUGGAGCUCCGGAGUAUGAAGGACAGAGCAGCUGAGCUUCAGGAACAGCUGAAUUCGGAGAGAAUGAUGGGUGCUGAGCUGAAGAAUGAACUUGCACAAGCCAAACUAGAGCUUGAAACAACCCUAAAAGCACAGCACAAGCACUUCAAGGACCUAGAAACCAUCAGGACCGAAGUUAAAGAAAAAGCAGCUGAGCUAGAUAUUCUUAAGGAUACAAUGGCCAGUGAACAGAAAAAAUCAAGAGAGCUACAGUGGGCUUUGGAAAAGGAAAAAGCUAAAAUGAAACGCAGUGAGGAAAGAGGAAGAGAAGAGCUUGAGGAUUUAAAAUUUUCACUUGAAGAUCAAAACCAAAAGAACUUGCAGUUAACUAAACUUUUGGAGCAAGAGAAACAGCUGUCAACUGAUCUGCAACAGAAAAUUGAAUCCCAAGAAGCACUCAGUGCUGCCCAGCUGUCACGUGAACGAGGCCGUAAUUCUGAGUUGCAGGUGCUUCUUGAAUCAGAGAAGGUUCGAGCUCUCGAAAUAAGCAGUGCCCUAGAAAGGGAAAAAGAGCUAUGUGCUCAGCUUCAAAGUGCUGAAGAUAAGGGGCAAGCUGGAACACCUAAUCCAUCUGAGGAAUUACUUAAAGAGCUACAGAAACAAAUGGAUGAAAAGCAUGACCGUAUAGUGGAGUUAGUAAGUGAGAUGGAGAAGUAUAAACUGGAAUCUGUGCAAGUGAGACAGCAAAUGGAAAAAGAAAGGCAGAUCCAGAGGAAAGCAUUACAAGCAGAACAAGAUGCUAACAUAACAGCACAGAAGAAACUCCAUGAACUGGAGUCCAAAGUAGAAGACCUUCAGUGGCAACUUGGAGAAAAGAAGCAAGAAGUUCAUAAAUUAGGGAAUGAAAUAAAGAAGUUGCAGGAAAUAAUCCAAGAAGUACAGAAAAAAGAGCAGGAGAAUGAAGGAAGAAAAGAAGCCGAAAGGACACCAAGCCACAAUCCAAAUGAGACUACCUGGGAUACACCCAAUGACAGAACAAGAAAUUGGGUUCUCCAGCAAAAAAUGGAAGGAGCCGAGACAAAUGAGUCAACCUACCCCACGCUGACGGGAGGAGGAGAUCUCUCUGCUGCUACUGAAAUUCUGGAAAAUGUCAGACAAAAGCUGCAAAACGCAUCUCCAAAGCUGAAGCAGUUGGCUCGGAAAGCCUCUAGCAGAUUACAGUUUGAAAAAGCAGAUGAUCAAGACUUCAUUGCAAUACAAAAUGCUAUUGAAGAAGUUAUUUUAGAGCUGCAAAAACUGCCUGGAUUGUCCUGUCUGGACGAGCUGAAGCUCAUGCUACCUCCGGGGACUCCAUCUAGCUCAUUGACUGAGAGGCUGCUGAGACAGAACGCUGAGCUGACAGGCUUUGUCAGCAGACUGAGUGAAGAAAAGAAUAAUUUGAGGAACGCUGUUAUGAAACUGGAGGAAGAACUGAGAAGAUACCAGCACAGACAACCUUCUGGAGACUACUCUUCUAGACGCUCAUCGGAUGUUGGAAUUAAUAUCGAUACUCUUGUUGCCUCUGAGAAGGAAAUUUGGAACAGAGAAAAGCUGUCACUGCAGAAAUCUUUGAAACAAGCCGAUGCGGAGCUCUCCAAGCUGCGAGCAGAGCUCAGGAGCGAAGCUUUCCUCAGAGAACUGGGGUCAGAUUCUGAAAAUGCUGUUUUAAGGAGGGUUUAUGGCAAAUACCUACGGGCAGAGAGCUUUCGGAAAGCUCUCAUAUAUCAGAAAAAAUAUUUGCUGCUGUUACUAGGCGGAUUCCAGGAGUGCGAAGAAGCCACGCUGGCCCUCAUUGCACGAAUGGGUGGACAGCCUUCCUACACAGACCUCGAAAUCAUCACACAUCAUUCAAAGGGUUUUACAAGAUUUCGCUCUGCAGUCAGAGUGUCCAUUGCAAUUUCAAGAAUGAAGUUCCUGGUCCGUCGAUGGCACAGAGUUACAGGUUCUGGUAUACUAAGUAUCAAUAGGGAUGUCUUUAGCCAGAACACAGGUAAUGAAUUACGGCCUGAUUCAUUCUCUGGUGGCAUGGAUCUUUAUGGAGAACAAAGGCAUUCCUAUAGAUCCAGGUUCCACGGUAUGCAUGCUGAUUUAAACCCAGUCUCUUUCGCCUGUUCUCAACUGCAGAACUAUGAUCCUGAAAGAGCUUUAACAGAUUACAUCCAUCGGCUGGAGGCACUACAAAGGCGACUUGGCAGCGUGCAGUCAGGUUCGACUUCAUACACUCAGUUGCACGCGGGUAUGAGAAGAUAAUAAUACCCUUCCAACAUCUCCACCACUGGCAGUGAUGUUAAUGGAUUGCCUUCUGUAAAUCUGUGCUCUUUCUGUGCUUUUGUAUAAUGUGUAUAUUGUGGGACCAAUAUGAACACAGCUAUACGAAUGUAUACAGUUCCAUCCUGACACACCCACGCAGACUGGGAUUUAUGUAUAUAGGCCCUUUGUGUUCAUGAAAAAAAAAAAACAAAACCAAAAAAACCCCACCAUUAAAUGACAUGUAUAUUUGUGGAAUGCUAAUUUAAAUGAUUAACUUAUGAAGUGUGUAUUUAUCAGAAGGGUGCAAAGAUGAUACCUGUGUAUUAAUGAAAUUGAGCUACAUUCAGCAAAGUUUACUUGCACUUUUUCUGUCAAGGCUACUGAAGUUACAUGACUCGUAAUAUUUGCUACUGGCAGUGCAGACAGAAUAUCACUCGUAGAGACCUAUUUUUGUAAUGGUAGAAGUUUUGAAUUUUAUGGGUAUUUUGUCAAAGUACUGAAAUAAAGAUGACUUCAUGCUU